UUUUGUAGCCUGUCACAGUCGGUGUCCGUAACGGUCGUGUCGAACAUUCUGUCCUAAAUAUAGCCAGGGCUUGUGAGCUAGCAGUGCGGCUAGCUGCACAUCGUUAAUGCUUUAAUGGCGAUAACAGCUGAUUUUAUUUCCCCACUUGGUAUGUGAAGCCUUGUCUCGGGACCCUGGCGGGUGUGGGGAUUUGAUUUCCAAGUGUCUUCCUUGUGUCUGGAGGGCAGUGGUGGGGCUAUUUUGGAGAUGCCAGUUGACCUUUCUGUGGACGAGCUAGCAGCCUCUGUAGCAAAACAGUGAAGUGACGACGUGUUGUGUGACCAGGCAGCAAUGGUGCAAGGACGGGGGAGCGUCACCAGACCAGCAGAAAGAAAAGCCUGGGUUCAUCUGUCCAACAAAACAUGCUUUGUACUCCUCACUGACCAUUAAAAUGGUGUGAUAGCCUUCCUUUAGAUAACGGGAUACAACCUUCGCAGAAGAUGGAGGACUCUCCUCAUUUGUACAGUUCUGAACUUGGAGACAAUGAGGAUAUGGAUGAGGGGGAAGAUGAGGUCAUUUAUGAGGAGGAAAUUGACACGGCACCAGACACGAUAGAGACGCUGCACCCGGAUCUUAAUAAACAUCCGAAUCAGGAUACAGAGAGAGACUGGGAUUCUUUUCCCUGUCAGCACUGUGAGAGACAUUUUACCAGCAAACAAGGCUUGGAACGACACAUGCACAUCCACACAUUGGCAAACAGCGAGGCACAAGCAUGCAAAAGCAAUAAGAGCAACGUGUCUCUUGGUUCAAAUCUGGGUCAGCAUGAGAAGAUGAAGCGUCUAGAUUCAGAGGGCUCAGUGAUGCAGCCUCACACAUCAUCCCCCACUAACUCUAGUACUUCUCUUCUGUCUGCUGGAGAGCAUACUGCUCAGCCAGACAAACAGGGAGUGUCAGAUGGCCAUCAUGCUUGCAAGUACUGUGAAAAGAUAUUUACUACACAUAUCAACAAGCGAAGGCAUGAGCGCAGGAUCCACGAGCAGCACCAACUAGCACAUGUCAUCAGAACCCAGGACGAACAUCCUCAGGGGAUAGUCAGUGAAACAUCUCAAGACAAAACAGAGCUCGGUGACAGUACGGAACCCCCGACUGUCCUGGAGAAUGAAGGGGAGCGCACAGAACAAUACAUGCUAGAUGUCUCUAGCAAUAUUUCGGAGAACCUCAGCUUUUACAUUGAUGGAAAGAUAGUGUCAACAAGCACAGUCAGUAGCUGUGAAGCAGCUGAGGUUCACUCUGGGUCUUCGACAUUAGUUAGACUGGAUUCCCUUAUUCUAGACCCUGCCCAGAUCAGCCAGGUUCUAAAUACAGACUCUGUUACAGGCAAAGAGAUACCUGGUCAACAGCUGGCCAAGAGAAGAACUGCAACGCCACCUCUUUUACCACAAAUUAAAACUGAACUGGAGUCUGAGGUGGUUGUGUCGUCAUCCUCCUCAUCACUCUUAUCUUCCUUGAUGGAAAAUCUGCUUCCUCAGAACACAGAGUCUACCGUUGUGCAGAAGGAAAGAACCGUGUUUCUGUCACCCAAGCUUAAGCAGCUUCUGGAGAAGCAGGAUGGCCUUAAACCUACACUCGCCCUCAUCACAGAUGGUCAGAAGCCUUGUUCACCUGUCUCUCUCUCGGUCCUGCCCGCUGGAACCGGGAGGUUUAAAAGAAGGACUGGAUCUCCACCAAGCUCCCCACAACACAACCCGGCAUCUAAUGAGGAAACGCCAAUGCUAGAUACAGCAGACAGUGAUGCUGUCACUACAGGACAGAUGGAAACACAACAUAGUUCCUCACCUGUGCACCAAACAGGCAAUGAAAAGGAUGACACAGCUCCAUCUGUAGAGGAUCCAGUGAGACCUGUGUCGACAGAGAGUUGGCCCCCCAUGACUGGUGGUAACUCCUGUAAUCAGCAACCACUAGAUCUUUCAAAUACAGUCAAAAGAAAUGAAGAUGUAGCUUUGGAUGAAGCUGCACUGGAUUUGAGUUUUCAAAAAAAGAGCCUUGGGGAAACCGACCUCACGUUAAAUGUAGUUUCACAGGCAGCUUUGAAUGAAGGUAAAUCUAACACAUGCUUGUUGGAGAAGGUCUUAGUUAAUAUUGGAGAGCAGAAUAUAAGCCUUGGGAAUCCUGAGACCCCUUUAGUUGCAGACUUCACCAUAGUUACGGGUGCAGAUAUGAUGACCCCGGUGGACCCUGUUGCAGAAGGACUUGUUUAUGGACUUGCCCUACCUCCCAAUUCUCUGACUCCAUCGUCCUCCUCCCUUACUCCUGUCGCCUUGCAGCCAGCUUCACCGUGCACUAUAGCUUUUGCUACCCCAGCCUCACACACCAUGCUCCCUACUACUCCUUCAUUAAUCACAGUUUUGGCACCGCCACCCAUUUCUAACCCUUCAAGCCAACCAAUCCAGGUAUUAGCUCCAAACAUAUCUCCUGAGCCUCUAGUAAUCUGCACGGAAAAUGCAUUAAAUUCCUCAAAGUGUGAUUUAACUACUGCGUUUGCCUCUACAAAUUCUGCAAACCUUGUCACUCUCUCCCAAUCCCUUGACCCGACUCUGAGUCUACCAGGUCAUGUGUUCCUCACUGAUCAAAUAGCUCUCAACCCACCCAUGGUUGAGCCCACUCCUGUGUCAGAAGUGUCAUUCGCACCCACUGUAACUUUAAAUGACUCCCUCAUCAACUCUUACAACAUUACCAGCAACACAGUGUUGAUAGAGUGCACGAUAGCUCUGGAAGCCCCGGGGAAUGUAGUCCCUGCUGCCAUUACCUUACAAGAAAACACUGCUGAGCCUCCGGCACCUCCGCAGAUGGUUGUUAAUCAUAUAGAACAGCAACAGAUUGUAUCUGUGCCCAACCCUCAAACUGUGGACCCCACUGUUCUUGUGUCCUCCAUCGCAGAAUCAGUAACUCUGUCCACCACCGCUUCAGUGAUAUCUGAUUCUCCUGCUGUGGGUGAAUUAAAUCCUGACCCAGAGCCUGUUGUCGAUGCGGAGCCUCCCACUAUGAAAGAGGAGGAAGCUGCUGACAGCACCGUUUCCACAGCCAAAAUCCCAUUGAAAACCUCACCUUCACCGGUGAAAGCCGAAGAGGACGAAUUGUCAAACAACACACCAAGUGAUGCAGAACCGCAGACGUUCACCAAGAAUUUCAUCUGCAAUGUGUGUGAUAAGCUUUUCCAUUCAAUGAAGGAACUAGGCGACCACGUAGGUGACCAUGCUGAUGAAUGGCCCUACAAAUGCGAGUUCUGCCUGCUGCUCUUUGAGCAACCCUCCGCCUUGCUCGAACAUCGAUCAAGCCUUCACGGCGUGGGCAAGACCUACGUUUGCAGUGCAUGCACAAAAGAAUUUGUCUACCUUUGCAAUCUGAAGCAGCAUCAAGAAGAAUUACAUCCUGGCCAGCAGUGUACACACACCGAAGAAGAAAAGGGAAAACUAAGACCUCAGAACCACAACAACUCAACAAAAGUCAAGACGGAGCCUCCCGAUGUGCAGUCGGCGCCCGAUGCUCCAGAGGAACCUGAAAAACUGGUGAAAAAGGAAGAAGGUGAAGACGAUGUGGCUGCUGAAGAACUGUUUACAACAAUUAAAAUCUUGGCCUCAGAUGGAGGCAAGAUCAAAGGACCUGAUGUUCGUCUUGGCAUUAACCAACAUUAUCCCAGCUUUAAGCCACCUCCAUUUCCUUACCAUAACAGAUCACCCGCCGGCUCAGUGGCUUCAGCCACAAACUUCACCACCCACAACAUCCCACAAACCUUUAGUACGGCUAUUCGGUGCACCAAAUGUGGAAAAAGCUUUGAUAACAUGCCAGAGCUUCACAAGCAUAUCCUGGCUUGUGCAAAUGCCAGCGAUAAGAGGCGAUACACACCCAAAAAGAAUCCCAUCCCACUGCGCCAUUUUGCAAAAACUCAAUAUAGAGUUCUGUCUACCACUAAUUCUACUAACGGAAUGAAUAAUUCAAACCGAUCCAGCCAGUCCAACAGGUCAAAACAAAACCCAGAAUCACCAGUAAAGGUGAAGUUAAAGGUACUGAAUAAAAGGAAGAAAAAGUUGGUCCAAAGGGUCAUGCCGCAGAGGAACAAAUCAGUCCCUUCAUCCAAUAAAAUGUCCCCCGCACAGGUGGACGAGCAGCAGAAGAUCUUUGUCUGCCCGCACUGCAGCAGGGCAUUCACAAUGCGUCGCAGCAGAACCAAACACCUCGCACACUGCCCCAAGAAACCUAAAGAGGUGAAGAAACGUAAAGAGGGAGGAAUCUCUGUGACAAAGGAAAAUGAUGGACACCUGCACAGAGGCGUCGAAGAGAAGCGACAAGCCUCACCUCGGCAUAAAACCAGACUCCAGACCUCUGGCCCGGCAAAGAGGCCCGCCAUCCUCCCGGUGCAAACUGUCUUUUCAAACAAAAGGAGCAAAAUAAUCAUAAAAGAAAGCAUGCAGCCACAACAAGAGACAUCAACUCUGAAUGAACUUCCCAUUGUUCGCACUUUCAACCCCUCUAUGCGUCAGUACAGCAGAGUGCAGCAUAGCGUCAAAGGGAUCCCCAUUAAAAUCACCAUAGUGAAACCGCAACAGACUGCGGCACAGAAGGAGAAGCUGCCUCCCACCCAGAGCCGAGAGGAAACGACUGAAGCCGUUAACAGCAGCUCUGAUCAGAGUCCUACAGCUUGAGGUCUACGCAGCAGCUCACACGGGAUCAUCAGGACCCUGCUGUGUGGAACAUGCAUCCACUGAUCCUAAAGGGAGAUAACUGCUAAUCACACUGUAAACUCCAUGUGCACCCCAGAUUGCAUCAUGCUGUACAAUAAAUGACUGAACUGAGGAUAAAACGGGACGACUGAAGAGCCUGCAGUGACUGGUUGUGCGCCGCUGCGUAUUUGAAUGCUUUUGUGGUAGCUUGAAAGUUUUGUAAAUUUCUCCUCUCUUUCGUAAACUUUCCUGUCGACGGCUUGGAUUUGCACUUUGAAGUUAAUCUGACUGCUACAUGUCACAAAUUGGAAAGGAAGUGGGAGGAAUUGAGCUGGGAGGCUGCUCUCAUUUCAUACUCGGUGGGUUAUUUAGAGAGGAUGGCAUGUGGCAAUCAUCUUCAGCAUGCAUUUGCACUUUUCCUUAUCUGUUGUCUGUGGCCUUUUGAUUUCCUGCAUGCUGUGAGCUCAUGUGACGGCUACAUUAAUUUUGGAUGAAUUAUGUUGAUGCAAUUAGGCCGUAAACACUGAAUCUGAUGCUGCUCUGUUGGUCUGAUCGACAGUAAACAGUGUAUUGACACGGAAGACGCAUUAGAUUGCUUUGGAACGCAAGACUAAAGAAUCACAGAGGCUAAUACACUCAGUUGUGUAGUGUAGCUUACAAAUUAUUAACAAUAUCAGCACUGUUGAUUACUUUUUGGAAAGUCUGUGUUUUUUGUUGUUGUUUCUUUUGGUGUGAAUGUAAUAUUGGCAGAUUUAAUGCUACAGCCUUUGCAAAUCCAAAUUGUAUAUAAUCUGGUUGUCCCGUUUGCUAUGUGUUUGUAUGAAAGUUUUGAGAGUAAUGCUCUUAAUGUGCCAUCAAAUGUAUAUAUUAUUACUAAAUGUGGCAUAGAGGUGAUGAAGAACAAACAUAGCUUGGUGUUUCCCACAGAAAAAUUUAUUUUGGUGGCCACAUCAAAUUGUUUUUCUCUUCACAAGUCUGUGUGAAGCUGCAGCUGAAAGUGCAGAUCACUUAAAAGGAAACCAUUUAUGUGCGAUCGCAUUUUUAAAAAAAGCAUUUCUCUGCACAGCCUAAUCUCAUGAAUUUAUGGGCCACCACAAAUACAUUUUCAGCUUGUGGGAAUCACGGCAGUUUGAUGUGUUUGCACUGCAAUCACAAACAGAAGUGCUAUAUUCUGUACAGUUUGGAAGCAUCAAUAAUAAGAGUUCAGUUCCUUACAGCAUCGACGGAGCCCGCUCCACUGCUUGGCCUGCACUGCAUUUCUUCUGAAAUCCUGAAAUAUGAUUUUUUUUUUUUAUAUAAAUAUAUAUAUAUAUAUUGGGGUGUUUUGGGGUUUUUUUUCUCUGCAUUCAGUGACUAGAAAACCUCAUGUUAGAAGUACAGUCUAUCUAGGUCUUUGUCAUCUGUAGCAUACAGGCGCUUUAUCAUUGCUUACAAUCUGUAUAACAGUUUAUUGUGUGAAGUGUGUAUAAUGAAUUCUAACGUGUACAGUAUAAGUCACGAAAACCGGAAAUGUACGAUCAUGGUGUAAUUUAUGCUGAAACUCAGUUGUUCCUCUUAAAUUUUUGAUAAGCUACUAGUUUGAUGAUCUAGUGCUAUACAGGGUAGUUAUUCUGAUUAUGACUGAAUUGAGUUUUAUUAAUUUGGGCAAACUAAAACUUGACAAUGGCCUGUAUCUGAGGGAGAGAAAGUGUAAUGGUACUUUACAUUUAGCCUUUUUAAUCCUCGCUGGUAAUAUUUCCCUCAUCGAAAAACUGACUGCAGUGUGUUGGAUGUACAGGGCCGUCUGGGAGACUGUUAGUUAACUGUGAAAAGUGCUUGUAGCAUUUUGAAGUGUAAAUUGAGUCUUGUAUAUUUAUUAAUAAUUUAAAACAAAUCAUGUUAUCAAUCUCUAAACAGUUAUUCUGUAUGAUUUGCACUAAAGGUUUUUUCAAGCGAGUAUUAAAAAAUAAAUGGAGAAUGUUAAGGUUA